AACAUAUGCGUUCUUUUAAGAUGACAACUCGGCCCAGACAUGUUAAGAAUGUGGACGUUUCACGGUUAACCCUCUGGUCAAGGCCGGUCUAGUGCCUGAGUCACUUGCUGACAUUUUAGUACCACCAGCGUCAAAACCUGCAGCUCAACGAAAUAAAAGAAGAAUAGUUACCGAGGGACGAGUAAUAAGUGGUGACGAAAUACUGAAGGGGUUAAUGGAACGAGAGAAAGCUUCCGCCGAGAAAGACCGUCGAGAUGCGCAGCGAGCUUUGGAAGCCGACGAAAGGAAAAUGAUGAAAGAUCAGGAAGAAAUUGAAAAGAUGAAGAGAAAAGAGGAACGUGUUGAAAAGCGAUUGGCCAGGGAACAGGAACAGAAGAAAAAAGCGGACGAGAAAAUGGAUAGAGGGAAACUUGCUAACAAGAAGUUUACGUAUGGAGUCUGUUGUAUGAGAGGGAGGGUGUUGGAUGAGAGCAAGGGCAUUGUGUGGUUCGGGUGUGAUGAGAAAGUGUGUGGCAAAUGGUAUCAUUUUGAAUGUUUGCAUCGUAGCGAGCAAGAAUACUUGCGAGAGAGUAUGGAAGAGGGAGAAAGCUGGUAUUGUAAGGCAUGUAAGCCAUGGCUGUAUUGUGAAGAGUGAAUGGCUGUGUCCCUUGUGUUUCUCGUGCACGAGAUUCAUGUAAGCUGCUUUUGACGUUUGUGAUGUUUUGAUUAUUAUAAAACCUUAUGUAUUGAAUGAAACACGUUUUUGGUAUUAAAUAAUCAUCAUAUUAUAAAUAAUACCAAUGCAAUGAUAAUUUAUAGCCUUGUUUCUCUACCAAUAUGAAAUUAGCUCACGUUUAUUUAUUAAUGCGAUGACCGUACAACAUUUUUAAAGAGACAUCAAAAACGGAUAUUCUUGUAUGCACUGAUAUUGGGUUCCAAUUGUAACUCUAUUAAUACACACUGAAGAAUACAUUUUGCACCAUUAAAUUAAUACAUUCACGUGUUUCUAUCGUUUCAGUUCAGAAAAAUACCAUUUUAAACAUAAUUUGUUGCGAUUUACUCAAAUCAUAUAAAUGUCCGGAAAAUACUCCUGUAUAGUGUAAAAUUACCUCCCUUUGAUGACCCCAUAUGCGGGCCUCGUACAUACG